GGCAAGAUGGCGGCGCAGGCGCUGGCGCUGUUGAGGGAGGUGGCGCGGCUCGAAGCGCCGCUGGAGGAGUUGCGCGCGCUGCAGUCCGUGGUACAAGCUGUGCCGCUCAGGGAGCUUCGAGAGCAAGCGGCGGAGUUGCACCUCGGUCCUCUUUUCUCUCUGCUUAAUGAAAACCAUCGGGAACAGAUUACUUUGUGUGUAUCCAUUCUGGAGAGAUUGCUCCAAGCUGUGGAGCCAGUCCACGUGGCCAGGAACCUCAGGGUUGAUCUUCAGAGGGGACUGACUCACCCCGAUGACUCUGUAAAAAUCCUCACUCUGUCCCAGGUUGGAAGAAUUGUUGAAAAUUCAGAUGCUGUAACUGAGAUUCUAAAUAAUCCUGAACUACUAAAACAAAUUGUUUAUUGCAUUGGUGGAGAGAAUCUAUCUGUAGCUAAAGCGGCUAUCAAAUCCCUGUCAAGAAUAUCACUAACCCAAGCUGGACUGGAGGCUUUAUUUGAAAGCAAUCUGCUGGAUGAUUUGAAAACUGUAAUGAAGACAAAUGACAUUGUUCGAUACAGGGUAUAUGAGCUAAUUGUGGAGAUUUCUUCUGUGUCAUCAGAAUCUUUAAACUAUUGUACUACAAGUGGAUUGGUGACCCAGCUCUUGAGAGAGCUGACUGGUGAGGAUGUACUGGUCAGAGCGACCUGCAUAGAGAUGGUGACUUCACUGGCAUAUACUUAUCAUGGACGACAGUACCUUGCUCAAGAAGGAAUAAUUGACCAGAUUUCUAAUAUAAUUGUUGGGGCAGAUUCAGACCCUUUCUCUAGCUUCUAUUUGCCAGGAUUUGUGAAGUUUUUUGGAAACCUGGCAGUCAUGGAUAGUCCUCAGCAGAUCUGUGAGCGUUAUCCUGUCUUUGUGGAAAAAGUGUUUGAAAUGAUAGAAAGUCAGGACCCCACCAUGAUUGGUGUAGCUGUAGACACAGUUGGAAUCCUGGGGUCCAAUGUUGAAGGAAAACAGGUUUUACAGAAAACAGGAACUCGCUUUGAACGCUUGCUUAUAAGAAUAGGACAUCAAGCAAAGAAUGCUUCCAUGGAGCUAAAAAUUAGAUGUUUGGAUGCAAUUUCGUCUCUUCUGUAUUUACCACCUGAGCAGCAGACUGAUGACCUCCUGAGGAUGACCGAAUCCUGGUUUUCCUGUUUAUCUCGGGACCCACUGGAGCUCUUUCGUGGUAUCAGUAAUCAGCCCUUCCCUGAACUACACUGUGCUGCCUUAAAAGUGUUCACGGGUCCUCUCACAGCAUAGCAUUCUGCACACCACAUCCCCUGUUCAAAGGUUUCUUUACAAUCCUGUUGUCUGAGAGUCAGCUUCAGAACUGAGAGAUGUAAGGCUGGAUCAUGGUUCAAGUGGAAGGUCCUGAGUUCAAAUUCCAGUACCACCUGCCCCUACUCUACUGUGCAGAAGACUCCUGCAUCUCAUGCCAUCACAGCUAUUGUCAGAGAGGUAGUUUCUACUUGAGACUACUGAGAAACAGCAAGUGGUACACUCCAGAUCCCAACUCCAAGGCUUCAAGGCCCCAAGCUACUACUGGAUACUGGAGCUGCUGCUAGAGUGCAUUCUACAUCUCUCCAUCCCUGAGGCUCUGCCACCAUUAUAUACCAUGCUUAUUCACAAUAUUGUACCAUUUCCAAACUGAGUUGCUGCAGGUCCCUGCCCCCUGGAACUAGCUGCCUAGAAGGCACUCCACCUCCCUUGUCCCACUCGCAGCAUCCUGCCCCUGGCUACUUCGAGCCUGGGCUUAGCUGAACAGCUGUGACCCCAGCUCUUAAGUCCACAUGGUGCCCUGCCCCUCCAGGAGUAGGCCCAAUGGAGAAGGCAUGCCCCUCAGUGCCUAAACCAACCUGAUGCCUUGACCUGGGCCAAACUGAGCUUUGACCCAGAGGAACAACUACAACAUUAGUGCUUGAACUUACAUGACAUCCAGCCCCUUACCACCAGAGAAGCACAAUCUCAGCUGAUCCCACUUCCUCUGGGAUGAAUAGCCACAGCACCCCUCCUUCCUGGUUCCAAACCU